UUUCAGGUGUCAUAUUUUCUCUGAGGUCCUGAAAAUAUUAACAGGCAAAGAUAAAGAAUACUUCAAUCGAUCAACUUUCGGUUUCGUCGAUUGUACUGUCAUGCUCAAAAAAUCGACUAAUGAGCACACCCUGUGGUUUUCAUGCUCCUUCAUAUGAGGCACGCAGGGCCAGUUCUCUAGUCUGCUGCCGAAGAGGGAGAAACAAGAGUAUGAUUCUAUCAUUUACACCAGACGUGAAAACAUAGGUCAACGAGCAGGUAACGCUUUUGGUACUGCUGAUCGUCUUGAAGCCAGAUAAUAAAAGCUGUACAUAUUAAGAGAUCCAAAUUGAUUUUCUGAACUGAAAAGUUCUAUUACUGGGCUAGCCAAGGUGAUUGAAUUCGUGAAAAAUGCAUAAUGUUCAAUUGUAACGUGAGCACGAGGAAGGACAAGUGCAUCAAUAUCACAGCUUUAGGCGUAUCGUGCGUAGUUAGUGAAAAAUUAUUCUCUCCCUCGACGAAUGAUCUUUUUAUUUUCUUCUGCUCCGACGAAGAGGAAAAAAGAGCCCAUCGUCGUCGACGUCGACGUCGUCGUUAUUGGUUGGGAGCAGAAGCAGAAGUAGAAGCAAAGAGCCAUAUAGGCAGCAGCAAAAGCAGAAGUACCUCUGCUUUGCUGAAGAAAAUGUAGCCCAUUUUUGGGUGAAAAAAAUGCCGAAAAGCUGCUAAAAGUGUAAUAUAUUGUGCAUGAAUGUAGUUUAGUGCAAAAUAUGUGUAAUAUCAGUGCAAAGAAGGUGCACAAAUUAGUGAACUUUUUAAUAAUUCCUCGCAAGCAGGAAUUUGAGGUGGAAAAAUCAAUACCAAUAUGAAAAUUAACAAUGGCGGCUGUUUAGUCCGGGGAGGAGCUUAAAGUCGAAUCCUGAUUGGAAUACCUAAUCAAUAUGGUGAUAUGAGCAACUUACACAAAUAAUUUAAUUGAUAUUAACAGUAAAACAAUACAAGGAAUAAGUAGUGGCAGUAACGCUAAAAACAUAGAAGAAAAAAAUCAAUACAAAAACUGCGAACGGAAAAAUUGUCUAUUAAAAAUAAAGACAAACGAACAUCUAAAAAACGACAUCACCAGCUUAUCCGUUCUAAAAUGCACAGCAUGUUUCAGCAAAAUAGCGAAAUUCAGCGUCAAGUCGAAAGGAUCAAACAGUCAAGCAUUUCACUCAAAUCGUAUAUUUUCUCUCGUGAUAAUUUCAACAUUCCCGAAACGUCAUUAUCAAAACCGUCUUCUUCAUCAUCAGUUCAAAGGCAGUCCUGCGCGAUUCGAUUACGGCAGAAAGACACCAGAGGAAAACAUAUAUCGACAUUAGAAUCGCAAAACAGUCAGACCGAUAAUGCAUAUUAUCCUCAUUUAGUUAGUACUGCAUCAAAUGAUACCAGCAACAGUAAAACAUUUAGUAACAACAAAGGCAACGGUAGCAGUAGUAGGAGUCGGAUAUUAUUCUAUAGGUUGAUUAUUCAAACUUUUUUGGCCUUGUUCUUGGUAACGAAAUGCUGUGACGCAGCUAAACAAGAUGCAUUACAAAGUAGCACUGGGUGCACAUUUCCAAAACGAUGGGAGGGACGAUGGUUUCAAUCUGGGGUACAACAGGAAAUUACUAUAGAAGGAUCAACUUUAAGUACUAGAGGAAGGUGCAUCGCUAGCGAGGGAGAUAAAUUUUUAUUAGUGAACGAAAAGGGAUGUCAUCGAUGCGUUGUAAUAUACCAGAAGCAUAUAAACAUACUACAGUAUAAAGAAAGUGAGUGUGAAGAUAUGUAUACAGGCCAGUUGAAUCCAGCUGCAAUGCCUAUUCAUAGCGUUUUAAAAAGUGAACAUAGUCGGGGGGCUCAUCCCAACAUGAACGGGCAUUCAAGAUUAUCGUCAUCGGAUCCGUAUGUCCGAUCCAAUGAAGAUAGCGACAAUUGUAUGGGAUGCAAGGGACGCGAAACGUUGCACUAUCUUUGUGAACAGAUCCCUGGCGAUGCAUUACUCUACAGUAUGUUCAAGAUCAACCCAGAGCCCAUCAAAUGUCCACUAUCUGGUUCCUUUACUUUCACGUACAACCGAGGUCAUGGCGAGUGUCGGAAUCCGGUGUCCAAGAUGGAUAUGUGUACUGAGGACAGUAGAUUAUUGCUCAACUUUCAAGCAUGUCCAGAUGUUCCCGGGACGGAGAGUACAGUCGAGGAACUAACGUGUCUCGCAUGGUGGAAAGAUGGAAACUCCAGAUACCUUGUUGGGUUAGUUUCCCAUCACCAUGCCACAACAAACGAAGAUCGAUUCCGGUGUUUCGUGUACGAAAAAAUCAGUGGAUCAGGUGCCGCCAAUGCUGAUGCCGAGUAUAAGCUAGCUCAAUCUGGUGACGCGACAUGUAAUGGGUUGGAGAGUGCAGAAGUUGGCUCAAGAAUUAUGACUUUGAAGAGAGCCCCAAUGACGGAACGAUGCGAUUUCCCCACUUGGUUCAAAGGUCCCCGACAUUGGCACGCACUUAUGGGGAACGCAAAUUACAUUUUUCACCCAAGUGAUGGAUCGUUACACAUCGUUAAACCAAGCGGCUACAUGGAAGGUCGGGCUCUUUGCGAGCAAAUCAACAAACAGACUCCAACCGAGAUGAUGGCAGUAGUUCACCACACAACUGGAUGCACUUCUGGAUACAUGUGUGUGAUGUUCUAUAGACGAGAUACUCACGUAGCCGAGCUACAGAUGGGCACACCCGCAGCACGAUUGGAGGAUGCCUGCACGACUGAAAAUUUCGACUCGCAUCGAACUCCGUUUGUUACUUUAUUAGCUAAUAAUCCAGAAACACAGAUCUGUCCGAUGGAGGGAUACUACUCAAUCAAAGGUUUCCUCAUUCCCUCUUCGUCGAUAUCAAGGCACAAACGAAAUCACAACAACAACAGAAGUCGCAUGCACCGCCAUAGAGAGGUUGUAAGCUUCCGUAAUCAGGAAAGCGUAACAGAUGGGGGUUUUUAUAGUAGCAGCAUGGAAAAGCGCAAAGCAUUCUCGCGGAUGAGACGAAGGGCCGCAACGGUACAAGUGCUCCAGCAGCCAAGUGAUAAUGUCACACAAGACUUUUACAGUUUAGAAUCUACCCGGGCUCGUAGAGAAACAAUGGGAUGUAAUAUUAACCACAAUACCAACAGACGUUUAUACAUAGGAUGUAAUGAAAACACUGUAAUAGAGGUUAAACCGAAAUGUAAAAACGAUGAAGAAGAAACUUACACUUGCCACGGACAUUGGCAGGAAAAUCAAACGACCUUCAUCAUUGCCAAGCAUCUCAGCUCUCAGCAUGGUGUCUGUAUCAGCUACGUGCCAAUCGAGGGAAAUCAAGUACAAGUGUACGUAGGAGAUUCCUGCCAUAGACCCGGAAUGCAGCAAGGCAGCAGUAACGGUAUUUCCAGUUCCGGAUCUUCGAUGGCCAAUGGAGGCGUUGGAUCGAAUCAAGGUGUUGGCGGCUCCACAACUUUUCAUAAGACUAUGUCAAAUGUUACUGUUGUAGGAAAAUGCGGCGACACUAGCAGAUCGAUUACGCUACACUGCCGAUUUAAUGGCUGGAUGAUUCUCACUGUACUAUCGAUAGCGCUGUUUAAUUUCACCAUAAGAUGAUCACACAAAAUGUAAAUUACAAUUACAAGAAACAUUAGCGCUCUGAACGGUAAACAUUCAUGUUUAUCUUACUGGUUACAGAACAACAACACUCACAAAGACUUCACACAUCCACAUUCAAAAAUGUGACUUCUGUGUACCAUGUUGUACAAAAAAGACAGAAAAAAAUUAGAACCGAAAUAAAUUUAUGGUUUUUAUUGUUUUA